UUCAACACUCCAGGCUCUGGCGGAGCAGGGCAGCCUGAUAAAAGGGGAGCAGGGCCUAGAGAGCCCGUUGCACAGGCCGGAGUCUGGUGCUGAGCCGGCACCAUGGCGUGGUCCGUGACCCGGGCAGGUUUGAUAGUUUUGCUGAUGAUCCAAUGGGGCUCUGCUGCGAAGCUGGUCUGCUACUUCACCAACUGGGCCCAGUACAGACAGGGAGCUGCUCGCUUCUUGCCCAAGGAUGUGAACCCCAAACUGUGCACCCACCUCAUCUAUGCCUUUGCGGGCAUGACCAACCACCAGCUUAGCACUGUAGAGUGGAAUGAUGAGGCGUUCUACCAGGAGUUCAAUGGCCUGAAGAAGAAGAAUCCCAAGCUGAAGACGUUGCUUGCCGUUGGGGGCUGGAACUUUGGCACUCAGAAAUUCACAGAUAUGGUGGCUACAGCCAACAACCGUCAGACCUUCGUCAACUCGGCCAUUAAGUUUCUGCGCAAAUAUGAUUUCGAUGGCCUUGACCUUGACUGGGAGUACCCUGGGAGCCGGGGGAGCCCUCCUUCAGACAAGCAGCGCUUCACAGCCCUGGUGCAGGACCUGGCCAGUGCCUUCCAGCGGGAAGCCCAGACUUCAGGGAAGGAACGCCUUCUUCUGAGCGCAGCCGUCCCAGUUGGGAGAAAGAUCGUAGACGCUGGAUAUGAGGUGGACAAAAUUGCUCAGAGCCUGGAUUUCAUCAACCUUAUGGCCUACGACUUCCAUGGCUCUUCCGAGAAGACCACAGGACAUAACAGCCCCCUCUACAAGAGGCAGGGAGAGAGCGGGCCAGCUGCUGAACUCAACGUGGACUUUGCCGUGCAACUGUGGCUGCAGAAGGGGACCCCAGCCAACAAACUGAUCCUCGGCAUGCCCACCUAUGGACGGUCCUUCACCCUGGCCUCCUCAUCAAACACUGGAGUGGGGGCCCCAGCCACAGGGCCUGGAUCUCCCGGCCCCUUCACCAAAGAGGGAGGGGUGCUGGCUUACUAUGAGGUCUGCUCCUGGAAGGGCUCCACUAAGCAGAGAAUCGUGGACCAGAAGGUGCCCUAUGCCUUUGAGGGCACCCAGUGGGUGGGUUUUGAUGACAUGGAGAGCUUCAAAACCAAGGCCAGCUACGUGAAGCAGAAGGGACUGGGCGGGGCCAUGAUCUGGACACUGGACAUGGACGACUUCGCUGGCUUCUUCUGUAACCAGGGUCCAUACCCCCUCAUCCGGGCACUGUAGCUGUGGCUGAGUCUCCUUUAGGCCCGCCAGAACCUGAAGUCCCCGCACCAGGCCAGCCUUCUGAACCUGAGCAUGGCCCCAGCCUUGAACAAGACACCUUCUGCCUGGGCAAAGCUGAUGGUCUCUACCCCAACCCUGGGCACCAGUCCAGCUACUGUAGCUGUGCAGGCGGGUGGCUAUUCCAGCAAAGCUGCCCAAGGAGCCUGGUGAUCAGCUCCUCCUGCAAAUGCUGUACUGGAGUUGAGUGCCCAAGGCCUGUGCAGCCUCAACCGCCAGGCCAGGCACUGGGGUUCCUCCACAGUCCCCCGCUGCAGCUCUCCCUGGGGGCUACAAUCCCACGGACCUCUCUUGGUCUUUCUGUAUCUCAGGUGUCUCCUCUCACCUUUGAGUUUCUUUUCUUCUGGUCCUCCUGGGAUGCUCCUUUUACUUGGAAAAUAAAUCUACGGUUUGUAAUCCACA